CUGGGCUUCCCCGUACAGUAGAUCCCGUUGUUUUGAUGUGAAUAGAUGCGUUGCUGAGGAAAUUGACGUUUUUUGCUGGAAGCUAGAAACAUUCCGUGAAUUUUUACUCUUGGUAGCUCGUUAGUUGCUACUUCCCGAUCGAGUCGCUUAGAAACGAGCGACUUGAUUAUCCGAAUCCAAGCUGUUUGUGAAAUCAGGUCGAAAGGGAUGCCGCUGCAGACAGACUCCGACGGACGCCAACAGUCUUUGGAUUUAAUCUCAUCGCAUUUAAUCGGGAAGAGCAGUUUUUCUAUAAAUUUGAAAGGCCUCAGAAUAACUCAUCCUCGACCGAGUUCUUGUGGAAGAUGCUUAAGUUUGAGUACGCAUUAAUCGCUCAGCUGUGAGUUAGAGACAGGAGCUAGUUAGCCCUCCGUUAGCUGGUCAACAACAAAGCGGGUCGUUCAUCUUUAAGCUUCACCAAGUUACCAGUUAGGUCGACUAAACGAGUGUUUACAGUCCACGGAUUGACGUUGGAACCAUUUAUUGUGUACCAGUGGUGAAAGAACUGCUCGAUCGCGAUGAAACUGUUGGAAAACUCCAGCUUUGAAGCCCUCAACUCCCGGCUGUGUGUUGAAAUGGGAGAGUCUCGCAUCCUUGGCAGGAUCGAGAGCUACUCCUGCAAGAUGGCCGGGGACGACAAACAUAUGUUCAAGCAGUUCUGCCAGGAGGGGGAGCCGCACGUCCUUGAGGCUCUCUCCCCCCCUCAGUCCACCUGUGCCACCAGCCCCUCACAGCUGGGAAAGAGCAUCGAGGACGGGGAGAACCCUCUGAGCGACAAGUGUUGCAGGAAGACUCUUUUCUACCUCAUCACCACGCUCAACGAGUCCUUCAGGCCCGACUACGACUUCACCGCGGCUCGAGCCCACGAGUUCAGCCGAGAGCCCAGCCUCAACUGGGUGGCUAAUGCAGUAAACGGCAGCUUGUUCUCCGCCGUGGGAGAGGAGUUUAACUCCCUGGGGCCGGAGCUGUGGAACGCCAUGGACCAAGAGAUCAACCUGCAGGGCUGUGACAUUUACAGCUACAACCCUGAUCUGGACUCAGAUCCUUUUGGUGAAGAAGGGAGCCUUUGGUCCUUCAACUACUUCUUCUACAACAAGAAACUCAAGAGGAUUGUAUUCUUCACGUGCCGCUCAGUCAGCGUCUUAAGUGGCUACGGCCGUGAUUGUCUCGACAAUGAGCUGGACAUGGAGCUAGACAGCGAAGAGGAAAUGGACGGCUUCACUGAGGACAGGUUCCCCAGAGCUCUGUGUGUGUGAGUGCUGACGACACUCACCUCCAAGCCAAAGGACAUCUAGGCUUCUCCUUCCUCUUCCUCACCCUUCCUUUGCCUCACGUACCUUCUCGUUCCUUUUUGACUUUUUUUGCUGCCUCAUCCAAAGCCAUUCUCACACAUUAAUCGUAUGCAUGUUUGACGGCCUCUCCUCUGCUGGCAGUGAACUGUAACGUACCGCGAGUCGGUGGACAUUGUGUUGAGACCACGCGGUAGGAUUUAAGCUUCUCCAUUUUUCCACUUUUUACUUCGGUUUUUCUUUUAACCCCCAAAAGCUCAAAGCCCAAACAAGCACACAUGAAGACACACACAACAAACUCAUGGGCUUCUCAACACCUGCCACAUUUCAGAGACCCCCUUCAUGGACAUUUGAAAGGAAGAAGGUCUUACUGUGGACGGGUGUCAAAACCAAAACAUUGGGAGAAGAAGUGGAGUUUCUUGCGAGCGUGAUGUCAAACCAGAGGAGUCCACAUAACACCAGCAUUAACGGAAACUCGCAGACUAGGAUCUCAUGGUUGGAGGAGAUGGAUAAGACUGACUCACUGAUCAGCAGAGAACUCAUCUGUCACUCGUUUGCUAGUUUUCGUGUGUUGUGUGUGACAUUGGCGUUACUGUGAGUUUUUUUUAGCACUGAGUUUCAAACUUAAACGCUGCAUUUAUUACCAAGACUUGUAUUACUGAAUCUUAUUACUGCGAAGCGCUCGUCUGUAUUUUAGACAGUAGGGCAUUGCCAAGGAAACUGUUGGCAUCUGGGUUGCAGCUUUGAUAACAUAUCAACUUUAAUGAUGUCUUCUUUUAGUUUCAGUCUGUUUUCAGGUUCUACCAUUAAUUUUUGUACCUUGUCUAAAUCCAGUGUUUCUCCUCUGCUCAUUUCCACCCUCUCCUGGUUCAAGUUAAUUUUGUAAAUGUCGGUCUUGCCAGUGUUUUUGUUCGCUAAAUGCUCCCGUGCAAAGGCUUCAUGAAAGUGAAUGUAUUGUACAAUUUUUAGAGGAAACACGAUAACAGUGAAAUGCUUAGUUUGACAUUACUUUUUAGAAAAAUGAGAAGCUCCUUCUUUAUGUUCCUUAAAGUUGAUAAGAGUUCUGUGACUUUUCUUGGCUGCUUUGUGCGUUAAUUGGCCGAUAUAUUGCAGAUGUGAAUAAACCGUUUGAAUCAGA